UAAGAAUGAAUCCGAUUCAUUUGUGUUAUAUUUAGCUACACUUGCAAAGAGAUUACAGCGGCGGAAGUUAAAUAGUGCUGCAUACAGUAUGAAAGGGGCGGUCUCGCGUAAUCUGACAUCAAAUCCGAACAUUCACCCUCCUAUGGACGUGUUGAGCGCGCACCCCUUGCAAGGUGGAGCGCAUUUAUAGUUUGGAGUGGGGGAAAUUAUUAUUCCUUAAUUUUUGUGAUGAGAGUUGACUGAAAGAGAGGAAGAGCGCGAGCGAGACAGCAAGAGCGAGAGAGAAAGAGAGGGAGAGAGAGAGGGAGGGAGAAGAGAGAGAGACCUGCAUACAUAUCGUCUCCAGCAGCCUCCAGCUAGAAUUCGUCAGAUGUGAGAUCACACAGGAUUUACUUUCUACCCCCCACCCCCCUUAUCAUUUUUUUUAAUUACCAGUCUGGCUUAAGGAAGAUAUUCAAAGUUUGAGAAGGGGGAUACAAGCGUCUAUUCGGAGCCCAUCUGCUCAGUGAAAGGUCCUCAUAUUCAACAAUGUGGGAACGGGGCAGCGUGGCCUCGCUGUGCCUGGGGGCUUGCUUGCUCAUAGCUCACAUCGUCCUGGGAGCCAAAAGCUCUGGGCAGGACAGCGAGCACAACACUACAGUGUUCACCAAGAUCCUAGACAGCCUUCUGGAUGGCUAUGACAACCGUCUGAGGCCGGGACUAGGAGAGCGUGUAACUGAAGUCAAGACUGACAUUUUCGUGACUAGUAUCGGGCCAGUUUCGGACCAUGACAUGGAGUACACCAUUGAUGUAUUCUUCAGACAGAGCUGGAAGGAUGAGAGGUUAAAGUUCAAAGGUCCCAUGGCCGUGCUGCGUCUCAACAACCUGAUGGCCAGCAAAAUCUGGACGCCCGACACGUUCUUUCAUAACGGCAAAAAGUCUGUGGCCCACAACAUGACCAUGCCCAACAAAUUGCUGCGCAUCACAGAGGAAGGCACUCUGCUCUACACUAUGAGGCUGACUGUGAGAGCUGAAUGCCCCAUGCACCUUGAAGACUUCCCAAUGGACGCCCAUGCCUGCCCACUCAAGUUUGGCAGCUAUGCUUACACUCGAGCAGAAGUGGUGUAUGUGUGGACCAAAGGGGCCAACCAGUCUGUGGUGGUGGCAGAUGACGGUUCAAGGUUAAACCAGUAUGAUCUGAUGGGACAGAGCGUGGAUUCUGGAGUGGUGCUAUCCAGCACAGGCGAGUACGUGGUGAUGACGACCCACUUCCACCUGAAGAGGAAAAUUGGCUACUUUGUAAUUCAGACAUAUCUGCCCUGCAUCAUGACAGUCAUCCUCUCGCAGGUGUCCUUCUGGCUCAACAGAGAGUCCGUCCCUGCCAGGACUGUCUUUGGAGUGACUACUGUCCUGACCAUGACUACCCUCAGUAUCAGCGCCAGGAAUUCGCUCCCCAAAGUGGCCUACGCCACCGCUAUGGAUUGGUUCAUCGCCGUGUGCUACGCCUUCGUCUUCUCCGCCCUAAUUGAGUUCGCCACCGUCAACUAUUUUACCAAGAGAGGUUACGCCUGGGAUGGAAAAAGCGUGGUGCCAGAGAAGCAAAAGAAGAAGAAGGAGUCCAUGCUGAAAAAGAACAACACAACAGCGUACCCGGCCGCCACUGCUACAGCCUUCGCUCCCAACAUUGCCAGGGACCCUGGUUUGGCCACCAUUGCCAAAAGCGCCCCUCCACCUCCAACUGAGCCCAAGGAGGAGCCCAAGCCCAAGGCCCCAGAGGCCAAGAAAACCUUUAACAGCGUGAGCAAGAUCGACAGGAUCGCCAGAAUAGCCUUCCCUCUGCUCUUUGGAACCUUUAACUUGGUCUACUGGGCCACCUACUUGAAUAAGAAGCCCAAACUGCAGGGGAUGCAUCCAGACUAAUCCCUUGUUGGCUCCUUUUCAAUUCUACCUAUCUAACUUUCAUUUUCUUUGGUAUUCCUCAACAGAAAAAAAGAAAAACAAACGUGUUUAUUUUCAGACAAACAUGAUGUCCAUGCUGGUUUGAAUUCCCAGUCGUUGCGUUGCUUCUGUUUAUCUACUACAGUUUGAAGAUUUGGAGAAAAUAACUUAGAGAACAAACAAUAACUAAAAAGGAAAAAAAAAAAAAAGGAGCGAGAUAUAGACACUUUUAAAGGGGUUGUUGUUCAGGUGUGGGAUGAUGCUUUUAAGAAAAUGCUAGCGUAAAUAUUUAGCCGAGAGGAGAAUGCUAUUCCACAAAUACACCGAGCCCAAUCUUGUCUUGGGCUUUAUCCUUUGUACAUUGUAUAUUUUCUUAUUUUGCAGGGCUCCAGUUCUAAUCUUUGCCGCGGGAGUCCCAAGAGUUAUUACCAUUUGAGGUAGGGAUAGAUAAAUAAAUACAACAAAUGUGCUUUUGAUGAGGGAGACAGUGCAACUAUUUAUUGCGUCCAUUGCAACAACGUGUAACUAACUGCCCAAGAUAUUUGCAAUAUUGCAACAACUGCUCAUCUAAGUAACAUACUGGAGGCUUGGCAAAGGACAAAGUGACAAAUACAAAACGCAAAACGUGCUGUCCGUUAGAAACAGUCAAGCCCAUUUCUCAUGAUGUUUGUUCGAGUAUUACUGCAGUAUCACUGUAUUUCCGCAAAUAGUAUCUGAGGCUCAUCUAUUUAACUGCUUACGGGGGGAGUUCUGUUGAUUUUCCAACAUGGUAAUCAAUAUCUUACAUUUCAUGUUAUGAUGGAGAAACGCUGAUCAUGAAAUACGGCGCAGGGAACCCGUUUACAACAUUCAGUAAGACGCCACUGUAAAUAAUCUGAGAUCAUGUUUGCAGUAGGUACUGCUGUUUUGGUUCACAACUAAUUUCCAACAAGCUCAGCAGUUGACUUUUUUUUUAAAAGUCUGUCUAUUAGGGUCACUAUUUGAGGAAACAAGUUACAAACGUUGAUGCUGUCUCAUCAAACAUGUAUCCUGCCCAACCUGACCAUUUGGAGAGAAGAUGGUCUGUAUAAUAUGAAAUAUUAUAUUUGAGUGGUUUGUGCCAAAAUGCCCAAUAGUGGAGGAAAAACAAAAAAGGUUUUACUUACAUACAUUCUGAAACCCUACUCAGACUCCAGUCAGGUUUUAAAGCAAAGUGAUUUUGUUGUUGAAGUUUUGAAAAUUAAAAAAGAAAGAAAAUAAUCUUGGUAGUACACUUAUAAUAUCAAUAAGACCCAUUUGUGAAAUAAAACGUCACUUGAACUCAAAAUGUGGCCAGGUUACAAACCAUUUUGGGCUUAGCCAUUUUUUGAUUGGUGAGAAGAGCUUAAAAGCCUUUCACCAUUGCUCAGUCCGGUCAGCAGGUUGCAUCCAUCGUCCUAUUAAAGAAUGCAUUAUCUUAUUAGUGUAUUGAUGCUAAUAAUGGCCAUUCCUAUUGGCACACGAUUUUUUCAUUACUUUAAAAGCUCGGGUCCUGAGGCUUCCAAUUGUUCCAACACAAAUCAAACCCUGCUUGUAUCUUAUUUACGAUUUUUUUAAGCACAGAGAUGACAAACAGCACGCGGCGUAUAUGCAUGGGCAGGGCAUCCUUAAAAGAACAUCACCAUCGCAUCGACCGCAGGCUUUCAUUUCUUGAUUCAAAAGACUUCCAUUAGCCGUCGUUGAAAAUAAGUUGGGGUUUGUGCAAUAGCAAUAAAACACGUCUCAGUGGACACGCCAUUCAUUUAUCUCCAAAAAUAGAGUCCGAAAGCAAAUCAAUUAUCUCUGCUUAAAAAUGUUGACAUGUGGUAUUUUCCUUAUUGCGGUCUUUGUAAAUAUUCUCAGAUGUUAGAGAUGUCAAUAUUAUGUUGGAAGGGUAUGUUUAAAGAAUACUUGGAGGAGUCAUUUAUUUAUUUUCUAAGACACACAUUAUGGUCUAUUUUGUGCUAUUGGGAUUUUUUUUUGCCAGGUUCGUGUCCAAUUUAUUUGACUUUUUUUAUGGUUCGCACUGAUGUAAAAACGGUGUAAAAAGUAAGAAUGUAAUGAAUUGUCUUCAAACCUAAGCAACAUUUUAAUUCAUUAUUUCCUUUGGUUGUCAUUCGGUGGUGGGGGCGGGGCUGAUUUUUGCCCAAAAAAAAAAAAUGCCGCUUAACAAAAAGUCAAGUUGGGGCGAAAAGUCAACGAGGGGCGAGGCACAUUGCGGGAGGAAGUGCCUUUUCCAUAUAUUAAGUGAUGAUGGCUUUGCUGACUGAUGGCACAUCUUUUUCACAUUUUGUGAAAUCUUUUUGCUUUGGUUUCUUUUUUUCUGUGUUCCUCUAUUGGUGUUUUGAGUUGAGAAUUGUCAACACUCAGAAAGUACCAGCUACACUGCCUUCAGUAUCACAUGCCCUUUUAGAUAGAUUUGUUGCUGCUGUGUGUGGGGGUGGGUGGGUGAGGGUGGGUGGGGGCAGGAGAAGACCUUGAGGUGUGAUGUCGUAAUCUCGGCACAGAGGACUUGUUGAGUCGUUCUAUGAAAAUGAGUAUAUUUUUGUAGCAAGAUGUUCGCCCCUCUUCUGGAAAAAAAAAACGGUGAAAGG